CUUUUUGGGUUGCAUUCUAAAUCUUGUAAAUAUAUGCUGUACUGUGAAAACUUGGGCGCCUACCAAGCUUCACAAAAGUUCACAUACAAGUAAUUUAAAAAAUACUGGGACAAAAUUUUACACUACACUAAGACUUGGACAUAAUUAUGUCCAAGACUAAGAUGAUGGUGCUCUACUAAAACGGGCAUACCUAGAUGAAUUAAUACACGUUGAUGUACUGUCAAACACUAAAGCCAUAGUAUAUCAUGGAGUACGUGCCAAUUCAAGGAGUAAAGGCAAUUUAUGUAGAAGUUUGGUGUGUGUGCUGGUUAAUUUGUGGGUUAAGUGGUUAAUGUGGUUUAUAUUUCCAAAGGACGACAUUCCUGUUGAAAAAUGGCUGUUUGUUGUUUAUCAUCAAGUCAAUCUAAAUUCAAUUUUGAACCAUUGUUUGUCAUCGUACUCUUGCUGUUAGCAGUUUCUGGAAAUGGAUCACAAACUACAGUUGUUGGCAUACCUGGAGAAACAACAACAUUGCAGUGCACAUACUCAGCAUCAGGAAGAUUAAAUGAUGUCAGCUGGUUCAAGGGCACUCAGCAACUACUUUCACAAUAUCGAGAUGGUGAACAAUUUCUCUUUGGCCCUGAUAAGGCCAGACUAUCUGGGACAUUGUCAGAAAGUGCGAAAACUACCACACUUAAUAUCCAGCAGACACAAUGUCCAGGAGAUGAGGGACAGUAUAGGUGUGAGGUGAAUGUGAGAGGAGCACCAGAAGAGAUAAAUUUACUACAGCUGAUGAUAAAAGUGGAGCCCAGUGAAGUCCCUGUGUUGACCACCCAGCAAUUAAAUGACCAGGGGUCAACAAAGUUCAUGUGUUCUGGUCAGCUUGGACGUCCAGCCAAGGGGAUCACAUGGUACCGGACUCUGAAUGGUCAGCAACAAAAUAGGACCUCAGAGGCUCAGUCAAGUGACCCUGUCCUGAAUGGUGAUGGUUGUACAUAUAAUGGACAGAGUGAGCUAAGAGUAGAUGUCUCGGCCUCUGAUGAUGGUGCACAGUUUACAUGUAUGAUUGGACAGAAGUCAGCCAGUGUGUCACUUACUGCUGCCAGCAACCCUGAGAUCACCUAUACCACCACAGGUGCCCUCCCCAUCAUAGACUCAGCAAUGGGCAGUGUGGAGUUUGUCAAAGGUUCAGCCGUCACUCUCAUUUGCUCAGCCACUGGUGACCCUCAACCUAAAUUCAAGUGGUUUUAUCGUGAAGAGCUAUCCAACACCAGAGAAGCACGAAGCGGAAAUCGUGAUAACUCGUCUGUUCUUAAUCUUUAUUACAUUCAGAAACCUGGAUACUAUGAAUGUCAGGCCAGUAACAUUUUGAACCAGUUGAACAAUCUUCCAAGCAAGGUCCUGAGAAUUACACUGUCCUCCCCCGCCACAGGGUCGUAACCAGAACUUUUGAAAUUGUAUGCACAGAUUUUUCAAAAUUCCCAGAUACAGACUUAAGCAACAGAUAAAGGGCAGAUUAAAAUAUAUGUGCCAAAUAUCAUAGAUUUAUUUUCACCAGUUAUAAAAUCAUUAAAGUUAAAAUUAUUCCCAAGAUUUAGUUAAGUUCAUGUAUAUUAUUUCACCUAGAAUCAAGGCUUUUUCGUGGGUCGGGGUACAGGCCGUCCAAAUUAGAGGGGUUAAAAAUUGAAUGAAAAAAAUAUUUAAAAAAAAAGAAUAAAUCAAGGGGGAAGGGGGGUUAUAAAUAAUCCAUAAUGAUCUCUGGCUGACCCUCUUUCACGAACAAACUCUCUAAAAU